AGAAGUUUGCACGCACUAACUGAUACUGUCGCCACUCAGAAGAAUCCCCAGCAAAGAGCCUGCUAUUUUGCUCACCUUGCUCAAUCUCGGAGCUCUAUUUCAGAUCCAAGCAUAAGGAAUCAUGACAUCGUAGGGCUUGCAUGCAGUAGCCCCCUCCUUUCCAAUGGAUGGGAUCAGACUCAGAUAUGAGCAGACCUGCGCAGACUGCGGUAGCUCGGAUUUUGUGGAGGAUCACGCACAAGGAGACCUCGUGUGCACGGGCUGUGGCUUAGUGGCCGAGUCCCAUGUCAUCGACGAAAGCUCAGAAUGGAGAAAUUUCGGUGACAAGGAUGGGGAUACUACAGAUCCCAGCCGUGUGGGUGGCCCCACGAACCACCUGCUGACGAACGGCCUGAGCACAGUCAUCGGAGCGCCAACGAAGGGGGCUAGCAACGCAACCUUGACCAGGAACCUGCAGCGGGCGCAUGCGCAGGGCUCCAACCCUGAUCAGGCCCUGCUGAGGGCCUUUGGCCACAUCUCGAGGUUGUGCGAAGCGCUGGGCCUGAACAGGGCGUGCAAGGACAGGGGGAAUGAGCUGUUCAAGAACACCUGGGAGAAGCGCGGCAUCAGGGGAAAAGGCAUUGCAGCUGUGUGCGCAGCAGUGACCCUGAUUGCCUGCCGGCAAGUGGGCUUCCCGCGGACGUUCAAGGAGAUGGAGGCGGUGAUUGCUGACGGCUCCAUCAAGGACAUCAAACGGUGCUACAGGCUGAUCACCAAGCAGCUGGAUGAGAAGAUGGAGAUGGUCACCCCGGCCGACUUUGUGCGCCGCUUCUGCUCGCGGCUGGGGCUCACGCAGCGGGACAUGAAGGCCGCUGAGGAGAUGGCCGAGGCCGCGGUGCCGCGCAACCCCAAUGCCGCUGGGGCGGUGGAUGUUCGCGCGCGGUCGUGGGAUGGCAAGUCGCCGGUGUCUGUCGCCGCGGCCGUCAUCUACACCAUCUGCCUGCUGCCGCAGGCCUCCAAGCAAGUCACUCCGGGCGACAUUGCUCAGGCGGCCGGCGUGGCGGAAGGCACCGUGCGCAACACAUACAAGGACCUGUACACUGACGCGGCCACCCUGAUCCCCGCUUGGUUCCUGGACGAGCAGCGCAGCGAUCUGCGGAAGCUGCCCCAGCCGCACGCAGCUGCGGGGCUGGCUUGAGCCGAUGGAAUGUCCGGGGAUUCUGACCUUGCGUGGCCAGCCCACGUGGGUGUCCUCCCAAUGCGAGGAGUUGUGACUAAUUUCAACGUUUGGUGGAGCAAUUUCAGUGGUGGUGGUCAAAUUUCACUUGGUUGUGUGAGAGAGUAUUGUGUGAUCUGAGAGGCGCCUAGCGUAAUUAGAAGAAGAACGCAUGCACAGUUAGCAAGAGAUACAGUAUUAUGGUGCCGAUGCUUAUAGUUAGCAUGCUCAUAGCUUCAUGUGACAGUUUUCGAGUGAGAGUGCCACUGGCAAUACCGUACCGGAUAUCCCGGAAUGGUCCCAGCUGACUGCCGUUUUGUCUCAGCCAUGACAGGGUACCCAGACCACUGGCUGGCAGCAACUUGCCUCAUGAGUGUAAAAAUAUGUUUUUGU